AUGACCAUGACCGAAAGCCGGAAUGAGGCCAUUGGUCGGAAAACAUUCAAGCCGCGCCGAAACGGUGCUGCUCGCAGCCAGAGGGACCGGCAUUAUGCAUGCAGUACCUGUGAAGAGAGCUUUACGAGAUCGGAACACCUACGGCGCCAUGAGCUGUCCCAUCGCAAUCACAAACCUCAUGCAUGUCCACACUGCACUCUGACGUCGGCUCGCAAAGACGUCAUCUCCAGACACGUCAAAAAGUUCCAUCGUCCCGUCAGUACGGAUUCCCCUGGACGACGAAACGACAAUGAGGCCCUCUUUCCAUUUGCUCAGCCGGACAUCAACGCCCCCACGGCCAUUGGGGCGCCACCUCCUCCGUCCCCUGGUGCCACGAUCUAUCCGAAUCCAACCUUGGAAAUCCCCUAUGACGGCUCUUCCGAAUCUCUUCUUCUGGGCAACCCCCCGGUGGAUCUUAUGCCAGACGCCGGAGCACCGAGAUCCGACGUCGACAUCGACUUCGAAAUUCUCGACGAUUACAUUUUCCAAUUCCUGCAACCAGACGCCACCGUCUUCGCUCCUAUCACCUCGGAUUGUUCGAGGAAGACUCCAGACCACCGGGUGGAAAUGACCCGAGCCUUGGAUACGGAUUACCAGAGCAACGGUCUUUUCCUAGAAGUGUCGCCGCGGGAAAUAGAGCAGGCCGAGGCUCAACUCAAGCAGUUCGACGUGGAAGAGCGUCUCAGUGGCUUCGGCUACCCCUCACGAUACAAAGUGAUCAGGUUCCUGAAGGGAUUCCUGAAUUAUUUUUUACCGCAUACACCGAUUGUGCAUAAGCCGACAUUCAGUCUCACCACGACUUCGGCUCCGUUAGUCCUUGCCAUCUUAUCGGUCGGGGCAAUUCACGUCAAUGAGGCUGAAGUGGCGACCAAUCUUCACCAUGCGGUGUUGAAGUUGCUUGCAGAGCAUGAUGAGUUGGUCACGGUUGGUGAGAAAGAAGCAACCUUUCAGUUAUGGGAAUUCCAAACGAGACUCCUCUCUUGCCAAUUUGGCCUGUUUAGCGGUGACUCUAUCCUCCAACGUCAAGCUCGGUUGGCCUUCGCCAGACUCCCCGCGCUCGCCCAAGAGGCCAAGAUCGCUGCUAGCGCUGCGUCGGGGAAUACGUGUAUCGCUUGGACGGGAGUGCUGGCCGCCGUGCUGCUGUGCGAUGAAGAAGAGGUUGCCUUCAAAUUUCGCAUUGCGGAACCGGACGUGCCUCUGCCUUGUUCCGAAUUGCAAUGGUCUGCCUCCGCGAGCGACUGGCAGGAAACGCCACGCCCACAGAUAUCGUCCGUCGAAUCCUUCCGGAAAACUAUCGAGGGUCAGCCAGUCGACGGGGAUGUCACUCCCUUUGGCAUCUUGGCAAUCAUCAGUGCGAUCCUGUCCUAUAUUUGUUCAAUGGAAAACUUGAACGAAUACCACAUUCAGCGCUCUCCCCAGUUGGAGGACGGGUCCUUGGAAACGGCCCUCCGGGUGUGGGAAGAUACAUGGAAGCGACAUCCGUAUUCCCAUUCCUUGCCCGAGGCCCCUCACGGUCCUCUGAUGGCCGAUUCCAUCCUCGUCUUGAACUCCGCGUACUGUCAUCUCUACGCCAGCCGCCAGCUGAGAGAGCUCAAGGCUUUCGUUCGAUCUUCCGCUUUGCACACGUCUCCGCUCGACCUGGAAAGUCUCUACAGCCUGCCUUGCCACCCGCGUCUGGUCAAAGGCCUCACGCGAGCGGCGCGGUCUCUCUUGCUCCGGGUACGUUUGGGAAUCCGACAUCUGAUGAAGACCGCAUCGCUCAGCCACGCAUGCUACGGCCCCCUGCCAUCAUACGAAGGGGGCCUGUUGCUGACCUGGUACCUACUGGGGAUUCGGAUCUUUGGAAAACCCGAAAAACCCGAUCCAACCAUCAAUAGCAUUAUCGAUGAGAUGGUCACUGAAAGCGAAGGGGCAUAUGAACCGCCGAUCCAGCGGGAAGUUCUACCGUUGAUGCUCGUUGAAGACCUGCUCCGAGAACGAUGGGUCUGGCAGUCGGCCGGCCUACUGGGUGAAAACCUCAGACGGAUGAUCCGGUGGAUCGACAGUUUGAAGGAAUAUAUUUAA